GACAUACUUAGUUCCUUUAAAUCGAUCUAGUUCAUAAAUAGGAAGUACUACACCUAUAAAACGGAACUAUAAUAGCAAAUUGUUUCACAUUGAUAAAGUGGUGGUUGAACGAGAAUUACUGUAAUAUAUAUAUAAAUACAGUGAUUGACCAUACAAUAGAAACGUUUCCAAAUAGGCAAAUAUACAAAAAAAAAAUUGAAUUUCGGGAAAUUUAACAAAAAUUGUCUGUGACUCAGUAUUAUGUUAAAUAUCUCUUGUCUCGACCAGUACUACUUUCUUUAGAAAUAAGAGAUUUAUUCACGGAGCGAUAUCGACCAAUACCAACCUCAUUUUUGGGAAUUUCAUAAGCUAUCUUGCUAUUUUUUUGGAGGUAUUCCUAUCAAAUCAAAUACCUGUAGAAGUUUAAAAGUUUCCAUUUCCAUAACACAAAUGGUUGUUGCAGUCUGAGCAUAUCAUUUUGUACACUUUUCGAUAUCAAGUAAAGACCAGUAUGCUCUACUGUCAUAAUGGUCUAAUAAAUAAAAAUGGAGAAAUAUUUGGACACUCUGAUAUCAAAAAACUGGAGCAAGAUGGCCCGUUAUAAACAGACAGAGUUCUCGGAAGAAGACAGCAGUUCGAUUGGUGGUGUGCAGCUGAAUGAACCCAGCAGUAGCACGGGAAUGCAGAUACGUUAUCAUACUGCUAGGGCUACUUUAAAUUGGCGCUCAAGAAAUCGUGUGGAAAAAUGGCUAAUGGUAACGACAAUUUUCUUGUCGUUUAUAAUACUGGGCCUGUUAAUAAUGCUCUUUCAAAAUGAAGCCGACAAGACCACGAGGAUCCUGCAUGUGGAACCGCACAAAGAUAAUCCUGAAAUGCCAUGUUUAAACGAACAUUGUAUAUUUGCCUCCAACGAUAUACUGAAUUCAGUUGAUCGCACAGUUAAUCCUUGUGAGGAUUUCUAUGGGUUUUCCUGCAAUCAAUGGAUUAAAAAUAAUCCCAUACCAGAUGGCAAGUCAUCGUGGGGUACGUUUAGCAAUAUAGAACAGAGAAAUCAAUUGAUUAUAAAAAAUAUUUUGGAGAAACCCAUGAAAACCUUCAAAUCAGAAGCAGAGAAAAAAGCCAAAAUCUAUUAUGAAUCUUGUUUGGAUCGCAAUGAUGAACUGGAGAAAAUGGGUGCCAAGCCCAUGGUAGAUUUUCUAUGGAAAAUUGGUGGCUGGAAUGUGUCACAUACUGGUUUUAAUAUAGCAAAAUGGAAUUUGGCUAAUACGCUGAAGAAAUUACAGAAUAGAUACAAUAUAAAUUGUUUAUUCGGUUGGGCCAUAGGAGAGGAUGAUAAAAACUCCACCCGUCAUGUUAUACAGAUUGAUCAAGGAGGUCUUACCUUACCUACACCGGAAUAUUAUGAAAAUCGCACGGAAAUUCAUCGUAAAGUCCUGAAGGAAUAUAUUGAGUAUAUGACCAAAGUUUGUGUUCUGUUGGGUGCCAAUGAGACUGAUGCACGUCGUCAAAUGGAAGAGAUUAUGAAUUUCGAGACUAAAAUUGCCAAUAUAACUAUACCUCUGGAAGAACGUCGCAAUGAGGAGGCCAUGUAUCAUCCUAUGAAACUAUCAGAAUUAGAUACCUUGGCACCUUUUAUAAAUUGGACUCAACAUUUGGAUUAUGCCAUGCAAUUGGUCAAUCGCCAAGUAACACAAAAGGAAGUGGUGGUGGUUUAUGCUCCAGAAUUCUUAAAGAAACUAUCGGUAAUUAUAACGGAUAUGCAAAAGACAGUGGAGGGUAGAAACACUCUAAACAACUAUUUGGUUUGGCAAGCUGUUCGUGUACUGUCUCCUUGCCUUUCACGCUCUUUCCGUGAUGCUUACAAGGGUGUGCGUAAAGCCCUUAUGGGCUCAGAUGGUGGUGAGGAGGUUUGGCGUUUCUGUGUGGCCGAUACUGGCAAUGUGGUGGGCUUUGCUGUUGGCGCCAUAUUUGUGCGUCAAGCUUUUCAUGGCGAAUCGAAACCCGAAGCUGAACAAAUGAUAAAUGAGAUUCGAGAAGCUUUCAAGCUUAACAUACACAAUCUAACCUGGAUGGAUAAGAGAACACGUGAAAGAGCCAUAGACAAAGCUGAUGCCAUUUCCGAUAUGAUUGGCUUUCCCGAUUACAUAUUAAAUGUUGAGGAAUUGGAUAAAAAAUAUGCUGAUCUUAAUGUCACAGCCAAUGCUUACUUCGAGAACAAUAUACAAUCCAAUAUGUUCAAUUUAAAGAAGAAUUUGGAAAAACUAGAUCAACCCGUUAAUAAGACUAAUUGGGGCAUGGUGCCGCACAUGGUGAAUGCCUACUAUACACCUUCCAAAAAUCAAAUUGUCUUCCCCGCUGGCAUUCUACAAUCACCCUUCUUCGAUAUACACAAUCCGAAAAGUUUAAACUUUGGUGCUAUGGGCGUGGUAAUGGGCCAUGAACUUACACAUGCCUUCGACGACCAGGGGCGAGAGUUUGAUAAAUUUGGAAAUAUAAAUCGUUGGUGGGACAAUAAGAGCAUUGAACGUUUCAAUGAGAAGACCGAAUGUUUUGCCAAACAAUAUGGUUCCUAUGUAAUAAAUGGCAGACAUUUGAAUGGUAAACAAACGUUGGGCGAGAAUAUUGCCGAUAAUGGUGGCUUGAAGGCGGCUUAUCAUGCCUUCCUAAAAACAUCAAUGACUAAGGAGGCAGAUGUUUUGAAACUGCCGGGUUUGAAUUUGACACAUAAACAAUUGUUUUUCGUUUCAUUUGCAAGGGUCUGGUGCUCCACUGAUACCGAUGAAACAACUGUGCUACAAUUAGAAAAAGAUACACAUUCGCCAUCACGUUUGCGAGUCGCUGGUACGCUCUCAAAUAUGCCCGAAUUCGCCGAUGUUUUUCAAUGCAAAGUUGGCUCUAAAAUGAAUCCGGAAAAGAAAUGUGAAGUAUGGUAAAAAGUUUUUAAGUUUAAGUUUUAUUUGUGUUAAUAAUUUAUUUUAGCAAAGUUAAGAAAUUUUAACGAGAGUAUAUGUUUUUAAUAAUUAUAAACGGAAUUUAAAAAAAAAAACAAAACCAAAGUAAACUAUGAACGUAGUAGAAAAAUCCCCAAAAAUAAAAAAAUAAACAAAAUAUUUAAACAAUGUAUGUGUGUGAUUUAUAAUAAUGUAAGAGAACUCUCGUAAAAGCAAUUUUUUUAUAUAUGUAACAAAACGAUAGAAAUAAUAAUAAUAAAUUAUUUAAGAGUAAAUCAAAAAACAAACAUUAACAGAUAUAACAAAAAUUACUAAAAAAAAAUAAAAACCAAAAAACCACUAGUCAAAAGAAAAACAACCCCCAUUAGGGAAAGAGUGAUAAAACUCCGAAAUGUCAUUGUUAUUUUUGAAAAAUAAGAAGAAAAAUUGUAACUCUGGCUUGAAAAUACUAGAGCGGCAGAUUAAGAAUUAAUGAUGAUAACUUCUAACAUUAUUUUCAAAUCUAUGCUACAUAAUUUUUAUUUGUUUAAAUACUACAUAUUUACUCUAAAUGUAACAUUUACCUGUAACGUAUGUAUAAUUUUCCUUAAAACAAGCGAAAACACACAACUUCCAACUUGUAAAAAAAAUAUCUAUUUUUGUAAUUAAUUUAUAAUUUUAACAAAAUAAGAAAAAGAAACUAAAACAAAUUUUAUUGUAAAACAACAAAUUUCAAUCAGUCCAGCGAAAUAUUUUUCUAUUUUGUGCCUAAAAUUAUGUGAAACGGAAUUAAAGAAAAUUCAGCUAUUCGCUCGCGAGCGACUUGACGUUUCGAUGAGAAUUGUUUGACAAACUUUUAUUGGUUUAUUUUUAUGUAUUACACCACUAAGUAACUUUUAGCAUUUAAAAUAUAUUUAUUGUAAUUAAAAUACAUAUAUUGAGUUUAGUGCAAAAACAUAUCCUAAAAGAAAAUGAAAAGAAGACCCAACUUAAAUGAAAAAUAAAUAAACGUAACAAUCUAUAAAGUUUCAAAUUAUGUAGGCAAGUGUUACAAUUAAAGCGACAGGUGACAAGAGGAAAACUUAUGUUUGUUUUAAAUCAGUGGUAGGCAACCAGGGGCUUCGGUUAGUUGAUUGCAAAAACAUAGAGACAAGAAACACAAUCAAUAACUAGUCAGAUUAUAACAGAAAAACAAAGUCUAUAUCUUGUUAUUAUAAGCCAUAUUCCAUGUUCUCUAAAUGCCGAACACUGAUUUAAACAGUUCAUUGAAAAUAACUUAGUUUUAUUAAAAAGCCAUUUAACUUAAUAUUAUAAGAAACAACGAGUUUUUAGUGGAAACAUUCGAGUUUUUGAAUCUCCACUCAUGGUGAAAGGUAGAAAGUGAAUUAUGAUGGGAAAGCAUAAAAUUAUUCAAACUUUACAAAUUUUUUUUUUAUAAUUAUUUUAAAGACUUUUCCCAACAUUUUUUUAAAACCGCCGUCGCUUUAAUUGUAUUUUAAACACUUAAAUAUGCUAUUAAUAAGUUUUUUAUUUUUAAUUUUCUUUUUAACCGAUAAAAUGAUUUUUAUAAAUAUAUAAAUACAAUACAUACAUAAUACAAUAGCAUGAUUCUAUAAUUUCUGUGAUUUUACCUUAAACCAAAAUAAACUUAUGCAUAAAUACUAAACAAACCAAACUUAAGUAAAAAAACCAAUAAUAUUAAAUAAUUUAUAAUGUAAUUUAAAACAAAGAAACACCAAAAUAAUUUAUAAACUAUUUUAAUAAAAAAAAGAAUCCUACAUUUUUAAAAUAUAACUUGAAAACCACAAAUAGCAAA